CGGAUGUAAACAAACAUAGAAAUACCAGUGCUGCAGUUAAAGGUCGUUGGAUGGAUCAGAUGCCCACUAGUCACUCGUUUCCCAAUAGACCCACUCAACUAAAGAGACUAAUUAAAUGACAAAGCAUUUUUCUGGAAAUCAAAAGACCGUUAUUCGAUCUCUUCUUCAGCCCAAGGCUUUCUUCAGUCUUCAUCUCACGUCCUGGCUUGUAACGUCUUAUCUUAGAUAUCUCAAUCUGUAGUCAAGUAUUUUCCAUUCACGGUCACGUAGUGAAAGAGACUAGUUUUUACAAUGUAUUUUAGCGGACUUUUUAAAAAAUUCAACCGUGGAAUCAUUAGGCAUUAUUACAGCUAUGCAGCUGAACCUUUUCAUCCAUUGCCACGAACACCAAUCACUCUGACUGCAGAGGAGGCCAUUAAAGUUGUCAAGUCAGGUGAUACGGUUUUUGUUCAUAGUGCAGCAGCAACACCGACAAAGCUUCUAGCUGCACUAGCCAAUCAUGGAAAAGAGAGUAGACUGGAAAAGGUCACUGUUUGUCACAUCCAUAUUGAAGGACCAAUGGAAUACUUGAAACCAGAGUAUAGUGGAAUAUUUCGGGAUAAUUCAUUCUUCAUUGGAUCUAAUGCCAGGGAAGCAGUCAACAGCGGUAGAGCUGAUUUCGUCCCAAUAUUUCUCUCUGAAAUACCUCUCUUGUUUCAUCGGAAAAUCAUCCAGCUAGAUGUGGCUCUCAUCAAUGUGUCUCCACCUGAUCAACAUGGAUUUUGCAGCUUUGGCCCUAGUGUGGACGUUACGCGUUCAGCCGUUAAGAAUGCCAAGUAUAUCAUAGGCCAGGUGAAUCCUAAAAUCCCAAGAACCUUUGGAGACGGAACGAUUCACGUUUCUCAUUUGGACUGCAUUGUCAACGUGGACGAAGAGCUGCCGAUGAGAUAUCCGGCUAAAAGCAGCCCUAUUGAGAUCGCCAUAGGCCGGCUAAUUGCCGACAACUUGGUCGAAAAUGGGGCCACUUUACAAAUGGGUAUCGGGAACAUUCCUGACGCUGUGCUUUCGUCAUUGAAGAGUCACACCGACCUUGGAAUUCAUUCUGAAAUGUUUAGCGAUGGAGUGGUGGAUUUGGUUGAAGCUGGUUGCAUAACCAAUAGCCAAAAGAAAAUAUUGCCAGGCAAAAUUGUCGGUAGCUUUUGUUUGGGAUCCCGGCGACUUUAUGAUUUCCUUGACAAUAACCCAUUCAUUGUCAUGGGUGAUGUUCAGUGGGUUAACUCAUCUUCAUUGAUUGCGCAAAACCCCAAAGUGACGGCCAUUAAUUCGUGCAUUGAAAUAGAUUUAACUGGUCAAGUUGUAAGCGACUCUAUAGGCACCAGAAUGUAUUCUGGUGUCGGCGGACAGGUAGAUUUCCUACGUGGAGCGGGACUUUGUCCCGACGGUGGCAAACCAAUUCUAGCUUUGCCAUCUAGCACGAAAAAGGGCGAGUCAAAAGUUGUACCCUACUUGAAACAAGGUGCUGGGAUUGUUACAACACGUGCCCACGUCCACUAUGUGGUAACCGAAUACGGUUAUACAAACUUGUUCGGUAAAAAUCUGCGCCAGCGCGCAUUUGAACUCAUCCGAAUCGCCCAUCCAGAUCAUCGAGAAGAACUUGAAAAAGCUGCUUUCGAUCGCUUGGGCUGUAUGCCCUCUCCUUGAAAUUAACUAGCGGUUAUUUCAAAAGCAAAUAUUUAACGAAUGCUGUGAUUGUCAUUAUAUCUAUUAUCAAUAUUACAACUACAGUAUUAUCUUUUUUCUGCACCUUAAAAAUUCUGCACCCUCCUUUUUAUCCUUUAGUCUAAUUGGUGUGAUUUUAAAAUUUUCGCUCUUUAGAGUCCAAGACUCCUAGAGAUGUUUUAUCUUUGUUUGUUUGUUUGAUCUCUCAAAAUUAAUAGACUGUUCUGAAAAUUG